AUGGACUACCGCUCCUCGAUACCCGACGACGAUCACCCGGGCGCCUCGCCCUGGGGCUCCUCGCCGCCAGCUUCGCCUAGGCGCAACCUCGAGCGCCAAGCUCCUUCGUUCCGCUACGACGCACAAGCCGCCGGCGAAGGCUUCGGACAGGAAGACCACGACGCCAAUGUGUUCAACCCGUCGCAGUCCUCCACCGCCUCCCAGGCGACCACAGACACGUCCUUUGCUCCAAGUGCUGAGUCGUCCCAGCAAGAACAGACAGACGUGAGCGACAACACAGACCACCACCAGUCGCAAGCGUCCGUCCAAGACCCGGAUCAUCCCGACGCUCAACAGCACCAGCAGAACUUCUCACAGAACCCAGCUGGCGACAAUGUCGCUCACGACCAGCCGCAGCAGCCUCGGAGAUCAAACCAACCCCAGUACAAGCUUCAGGCCAAGAUCACCGGGCUGGAGCGCACCGGGCGCAAGGACCCCAUCCUGAGGUUCGAUGUCCACACGAAUCUCCCAACCUUCCGCACUACCCAAUUCCGUGACGUACGCCGCAUGCACUCGGAAUUUGUCAAGCUCGGCGAGCAUCUGAUAUCGGCAAAUCCAGAAGUAUUCGUGCCAGCAGUUCCCCCUUCUAUCACAUCGGCAGGGGCUGGUACGGAUGAGGACGAGACUCGUGUCAAGGCCCUCUUGCAGCGUUGGUUCAACCACGUAUGCUCAAACGAGGUUCUCAUGAGAGACGACGAGAUGGUGCUCUUUGUCGAGAGCGACUUUGGUUAUAGCCCCAUGGUCAAGCGGAAGCAGCCAGCCACCGGUGUGCGUCGUAAACUGCUCAAGCAGUUUGCUCCGCCACCUGAUGACACUCCCGAGCUCUCACAAGCCCGGCCAGUCGUGAAGCUGUUUUACCUGGGCUCGAUGGACGCUGGACACAAGGUUGAUAAGCUGGUCAAGAGCCGGAGAGGACUUGGGCUUGCCGAGUCUGACUUUGGUGUCAAGCUUGGUGGCAUGAACGUGCAAGAACCCCAUCAAGGACUGGCCAAUGCAUUCCGCAAGCUUGGUAAAGUGAUUCAGACGGUCGGAGACUACCAUGCUGCCCAAGCUACCGCCGAGGCCACGACCAUGGGCGACCCAUUCCAGUACCAUUCUCAGGAUGCAUUCAUUGUCAAGGAGACUUUGACAAACAGACAGCUCCUGAUACGCGAGUUCCUGCAGGCGCAGGAGAACACGCGCAGCAAACUCAACUCGGCAGACCGGCUGAAGGCGAGCUCGAGCGUGCGACGCGAGAAGGUUGAUGAGGCGAUCACAGCCCUGGACGAUGCCAGAAAUGCCGAAAUGGACCUCAUGCACAAGACCACACGAGUCACACAGAAUCUCGUGCAUGAGCGACGAAAGUGGUUCAAUCGCACAGCCGCAGAUCUCCGCAUGAGCAUCAGGGAAUACGUGGUGCGCGAGAUCGAUGCCGAGCGCAGAACCCUCUCGGUCCUCGAAAGUGUCCGACCUGACAUUCGCGCCAUUGACUCCUCUGGUGGCCUCAGCAGACUCGGUCGCGAAGCACACCCUCAAGUUCGCCGGACCAGCCAAGUCCAGAGCCAGGGUCCCAAGGGUGAUGCCUGGAGUGCGGCCCCGCGCCGGUCGGACGCUCUGAACCGCAGCACUCUCCUGCCCAACGCGGAGGAUCCAGAGGCGGAAGAUAGUGCACAAGCAACGCCUGGCAGCGGUCCUGCCGCUGCAGGUGGCGCAGCCGGUGGUCGUGGAGGGCUCAUGGGCCUUCCGGAGGAGGAAGACGAUGACCGCGUCGACGCGCGGAACGCUGCAAGCAGGCUGGCUACCAGCACUUUCUGA